AGGUAAGAUAACAUUCUUUGCAAUUUCUAUACUUUGUAACCCUGUGCCAUACUGUAGAAAUACCUUAUUCAACAGUUAUAUUAAUAAUUAUUUUGGUGAUGAUGGAGUUAUUACAAUUACUUACUAGGUAAGUCUUUUUCCAUUUCAACCUAAUACAAACUCUUUUAGAGUAGGGUAAAUGCUAGUUAAUAAGCCUUCUUUUAGCUCAUCUUUAGCUUGGGGACAUUAGUAAACUUAGAACAGAUCUUCUAUCAAAAAGAGAUUGCUCUUUGUUUCAACCCAUCCAACAUAGUAUUGACAUUACCCGAGUGUUCAUUAAUUAAGCUGAAUGUCAGUUUUAAAAGAGUCUGUAUUGUCAGAGAAUCCCAGGUGAAUUGUGAAUACAUUAACUUCUACAACCAUGUAUAUGUGAGAAUCUAAUCUGCUAUUUACCCCCAAAAUUUUGAGUUUGAAAAUUGAAGGAGUGAAGUCCAUUAUGUCAUGAGCAGCAGGCUUCACAGGUGACCUCUGCUCUGCAAUCUCUGCAUAUAAGCCUCCAUACGUCAUGGCCACCACUCAUUCAUAGGAUAAGAAUAAUUCUGAGAAUCUAGGUGCACUAUUUCAUUACAUUGCUCUUCUCUUUGUCACCAAAUAUAACAUUCAAGUAUUCAAUUGUUAGUGCAGCUGCCCCAAUAAACAUUAGCAGGAUGGAGAUCUCAGCAGCUAAAUUCAGAUAGUGUCAUGGAAGGAUUUCCAGCCUCUCUGUGUGUCCUUUAUUUUCUUUUUCUGUUUUUUUUUUUCAGUUAGAGGUGGUACUCGGGAACUAGGAGGUGCUAGAUAACUACAGUACACUGAGCUAAAUACACAGUCUUGUCCCCACCUGUCUUCGUGCUUCUCAGGAUUUAUUUUUCAGUGUUGAUACAGACUAGGGUUCAUUAUGCAGAGUUAUCUAGAAGAAAACAGAUCAGGACAAGGAAGUGUCUUAAGAUACAGCCCACAAAACUGGGACUAGAUAAGUCCAAUAGGUGUGGACUGGCAUCCCUGGGAAGAGUGGAGGUUAUAGUCUCAAAUCCAAGGCAACCUGGAUACAGUUUCUCAAGGGAUUGUGGUUUUUCUGUUUCUUCUGCCAACUGCUCAUGUGAAGCCUAUCACACUGUGAAGAGUUACAGUUACUUUCUCUGAUAAUGUGACUUACUAAUUCAAGUGUUAAUAACACCUUCAUAGAAAUAUUCUGAACUAUAUUUUGAACAUAAUUUCUAUCAAGUCUUGUACCACUUCCUAAAAUAAUUAACUAUCAUGUUAUCGAUAGCUGAAGAUAAACUUAAGUGAGGGAUUAAAAAUACCUAAUGGUUUUUGUUUGUUUUUGAUAUUUCAUGUAAUAUUCAUCAUAAUUAUUUUCCUACAUCAUUAUCAUUGGGAUUAUAUGCAUUGAAUCAUAAAAGUUUUGAGUCAUUAAUAUUAUUGAAAAGAGCAAAACAUCUUACCCACUGUAAGGCUCUCCAUGAAUACAAUUACAUCUGUGAAGCUAAUCACAGAGUGUCAGAUUUUCAUGGUAAAUGUCAAGUUUAGCCAGUUUAUAUUCUGGAGAAACUGAAGAAGGGUAAUUAUGUGGAUUUCAUGUGCAUUUCUGACUUAAAUUUGAAAGAGUGUGUUCUAAGACUAGAGAACAGCUAGGAAAUAUUCAUGAACCCAGGGCCACAUCUAGACAGGUCUGGCUUUGCUAAAAGAUGAAGGCUUGGCCGGUUCUGCAUGAAGUGUACAGACUGGCAACAAAAGCUGUGAACCAGUGAUCUGGGCCAUUGGUAGCUAUGAGAUGAGUACACAAUAUUGUGGGACCAUGGUAGCAUGUAUUACUGUGUGUAGGUACAAAAGAAAGGUUUAACUUAGCAUAUGCCAUGCUAUAUUGUGGAAACAUAAGUGGGACAAGCCUCACCACCGAGGAGAGGAUGUGAUAGACAAAGAGAACAUCAAAUCAGAAAUAAUGGAGGCACAAAUUUCAAUUUGAAGUAGUUUUGUUGAGAGAGAAUGUAGGUACUAUGUAAGGUCAUAUUAGGCUGUAGAUGUUGGUCCAGGUCAGUUAAGGAUGACUAGUUUGUUCACAUGCUAGGAAUUUUAUUCUACGAACAAGAUGGUCAUUUACGAAUGAUGAAUCAGGAAAGAGAAGUCUGCAUUUCCAUUUCAGAAUGCCAAUGUGGCUUAAAAAUAUUGAAGAAAAUAGUAUUGAGAAAUGGAAUAUGAAUUGUAAUUGAGUUCUCACCAGUAUUUCAGACAAGAAAUGAUGGCAUUUAAUUCUAAGAAGAUGAUUGGGUAGUUUUAAAGCCUGGAAAACAGAAGAUGAAGAUGGGACUCUGUAUAAUGUGCUCAAUUGGAGUUCAAGGGAAGAAAAUAGAAAAAAAUGCAAUAAAACUCAUAUACUAGGUCUUGAAUGAAUUUUUCAUGUUAUGACAUAGUAGAGACUUAGGAGAAAGAGCUUGGGAGAGGGAGGAGUGAAUUUCUCUUAGGAUCCAUUGGGUCUCAGAUGCCCAUGUUGGGGUAGGUGGAAUGUGAUUAGUCAACAGUGAGAGAGUAAAUUCACUAGGUUAGACAGACAACUGCCUCUGAUUUGUAAUAGUAAUCUAACACAUUAAAGUAUAUGUGUUUUUCUUGGGGUUCAUAUAGAAUUAUGAGGAUAAGGUUACAAAAAUCCUUAAAGAAAAUUUACAGAAAUAAACUGUAGAAUGAGGUGAACUACAAUUGCCCAGAAUAAAAUGCAGGCAGGAAAGAGAUAUUCCAAAACAUUUUGCAAACCAGAAGCAAUUAGGUGUGAUUAGGCAAUACUAGUAUAUGGUAGGCAAGAUUAAGAAAUGUCAUUCAUUGGCCUCAAAGCCUGAUCAUAUUUGAAUGUAGAGAUUACAAUUACUUUCAUGAGAGUAAGAUUAGUUUCUUUAGAGCACGCAACAUGCCAUGUGUGUCACAAGCCAUGUCUGGUGUCAUUGGGAUAUAGAGAUUGAUGUGUAGGAGUGGCUGCUGGUAGAGUGAUAGGACAGGGUUUGGACACCAUCACUUACCAAGAACUCUGAGGGAAUAAAUGGACUGAGGCUAUUCCAUGCCAUAUUGAAGCAAAGAAUAUAAAAAUAAAGAAAAUUCUUUUUUCUAUUGUAAACAAAUGAGACAAAAUAGUCGAGUUGAGCUAUGAUUUCAUACACACUCAACAAUUGGGAGUAUAAUAAAGUGUUUGUUUUUUCUUAAGCCAUUGCAAGCAUAUCAUGACUAGAAGCAACCAAACUUUUCCCUCAGAUUUCCUACUACUGGGCCUGCCCAUCCCCCCAGAGCACCAGCACCUGUUCCAUGCCCUGUUCCUGACCAUGUACCUCACCACCAUCUUGGGGAACCUCAUCAUUAUCAUCCUCAUUCGACUGGGCUCCCAUCUCCACACACCCAUGUACUUGUUUCUCAGCAACUUGUCCUUCUCUGACCUCUGCUUCUCCUCAGUCACAAUGCCCACAUUGCUGCACAACAUGCAGAGCCAAAUACCAUCCAUCACCUAUGGAGGCUGCCUGACACAACUGUACUUCUAUAUGUUUUUUGGAGACAUGGAGAGCUUGCUUCUUGUGGUCAUGGCCUAUGACCGCUAUGUGGCCAUCUGCUUCCCGCUUCAUUACACCAGCAUCAUGAGCCCGAAGCUCUGUGCUAUUCUGUUGCUGCUAUUGUGGGUGCUGACUACAUUACAUGCCAUGGUGCACACCCUGCUCACAGCUAGACUGUCUUUUUGUGAGAACAAUGUGAUUCUCCACUUUUUAUGUGACUUAUCUGAUCUUUUGAAGCUGGCCUGCUCAGACACUUAUGUUAAUGAGUUGAUGAUAUUUAUCUCAGGAGGGCUCACUGUUAUUAUGCCUUUCCUAUUCAUUGUUAUGUCCUAUACAAGGAUUGUAUCCUCCAUUCUCAAGGUUUCUUCUACCUGGGGCAUCUAUAAGGUCUUCUCCACCUGUGGUUCCCAUCUGUCUGUGGUGUCUCUGUUCUAUGGGACAAUAAUUGGUCUCUACUUAUGUCCAUCAGCUAAUAAUUCUACUGUAAAGCAGACAACCAUGGCUAUGAUGUACACAGUGGUGACUCCCAUGCUUAACCCUUUCAUCUACAGCCUGAGGAACAGAGACAUGAAGAGGGCCCUAAUGAGAGUUACCUGCAAUGAGAAAAUCUCUUUGUGAUGGUAGCACUUGGGAUUUUUUCCCUAAUUUUAUGUGAUAAAUUAGUGAUGUUAAUAUUUUGUCAGAUGUUGUCCCUUAUCAUAGAACCUACAUGAAAGUUUAGAGGUGUCUAGUGGAGUAGUCAAUGUAGAGAGAUCAUCUUAGAUAGCUGGCGAUAUCUGCCUUCUUGCCUUGUAUAAAUGAUGCUGGAAAUAUAUAGUGGGAGAGGUUACCUAAUAUGUUCUCCAUACCUUAAAUUCUUAGUGGUUCUGCAAGCUUUUAUCAUUUACCCUGAAUUCUGUAUUCGCUGAUACAUCAGUUACAAUAGUUUAAGUAAUAUAUGCAUCACAUUUGAUCACAAUGAAAUCUUCCCACCUCCCAGCUUCCUUCUAAUAUUUCCUAUAGGUUCUUCCACACUGAUUUUGACAUCAUUUUUUCUCUUAACUCCCCUUACUCUUUCCAUACCCAUGUUAUCUUUUCUGACUAGUCUUGACUAUGAACUAAUUUUGGGUAAUCAUCUUGGACAACAGUGUAAUUUAUGUGAUUUUACUCUUAGUUUGAAAUUGAUUUAUAACUCCAGGGUCCAUUCACAGCAGUAAGUGCCUACAUAAAGAAUUUGGAGAAGUUACACACUAGCUACUUAACAGCACACCUGAAAGCUUGAGAACAAAAAAAGAAGCAAACUCACCCAGGAAGAGUGGAUGGCAGGAAAUAAACUCAGGGAGUGAAAUAAAUAAAUUAGAAACAAAGAGAACAAUACAAAGAAUCAGAGAAAGAAGGAGCUGGUUCUGUGAGAAAAUCAACAAGAUAGACAAACCAUUUAAA